GCAACCGAACUAGAAAAUAACGGUCGGCUCGGGAAUCAAAACCGUGGUUAAAGCGGAUAAUCUCCAGGCGCCGCAUCAAAGGCACACUCAAAGCAUCCAUGUUGGUUAGCCGAGGCUGCACUGGGCGACAUGCCCGGUUUGAAUAACCCAGCUAGCACUUAACGCUAGCUCGCUCACUAAUCCAAGGGCAGCGAAGCUGACUUGUCUUAGCCCAACUGUGUGCGUCUCUUACCUUGUUUCAGUGUGGCUUCUCUGUAAAUUAAGUCAACCGUAACGUUAACACUAUUUGUAUUGAAAUAACACUCGCAUCACAGAUCUGCUUUUCUUUCCGCCGCUAAACCAUUCAAACAGCCGGUGAUACAGCCGCAGAGCUAACGGCUACACUAGGAAGGAAGGAAGGAAGGAGCUGUCAAUCCUAGCUGAACGGAGCAGUCGCGCUGAAACCCGCCCACUGACUCACCCGCCCUCUUUUUCCCGAAGCUCGUUCGUGGUGACGGCAGGCGCGCUCACGACACAACAGGAAGUCAGGCUCGUUAUUUGUAACAGAGAGGACGUCAGAGCAUCUUUGCUAGUAGCUAGCGACGUGAAGAAGAAACAGUUUGUGAACUCAGCCUACACGAAUUCAGGCUUGUUUACAAAGAGAUCUAAAGAUGUCGUCAGGUGCUCUCUUUCCAAGCUUGGUGAGCGGCUCUAGGGGAACCUCCAGCAAGUACUUGGUGGAGUUUCGUGCUGGGAAAAUGACCCUGAAAGGGAACGUAGUGACACCGGACAAACGCAAGGGCACUGUAUACAUUCAGCAGUCUGACGACUCCCUAAUUCACUUCUGCUGGAAGGAUAGGACGACUGGAAAUGUUGAUGAUGACCUGAUCAUCUUCCCAGAUGACUGUGAAUUCAAGAAGGUGAGCCAGUGCACCACUGGACGUGUCUUCGUGUUGAAGUUCAAGGCCGGAUCCAAAAGACUGUUUUUCUGGAUGCAGGAACCAAAGACUGACAAGGAUGAUGAGUACUGUCGUAAAGUGAAUGAGUACCUGAACAACCCUCCCAUUCCCGGAGCGGCAGGAAGCGGAGGCGGCAGCGGUCACGAACUCUCUGCACUCGGAGGAGAGGGAGGUCUGCAAAACCUGCUGGGAAAUAUGAGCCACAACCAGCUGAUGCAGCUGAUCGGACCAACUGGAUUGGGAGGACUCGGAGGUUUGGGAGCUCUAGCAGGACCAGGACUUGCCAACUUGCUGGGCAGUGGAGGACCUGCCACAAGCAUCUCCUCAUCCAGCUCUCGUAGCCAGUCAGCAGCUGCCACUCCAUCAUCAGGCGCAGCCCCCAGACAGAGUUCCUCUCAGGCCCCCACCACCCCUGUGACUCCUGCUGCAACCGCUGUCUCCCCUACAAGUGUUGCUCCUUCCACUCCAGCCUCAGCUCAGACCCCACUGGCCCCAGCCUCUGUGGGAAGCCCUGCCUCCCACCAGCCCAUCCAGCUCAGUGACCUUCAGAGCAUCCUUGCCACCAUGAAUGUCCCGGCAGCGUCGGCUGCUCAGGGAGCAGCAGUGGAUUUAGCAAGCGUUUGCACUCCGGAGAUGAUGGCUCCCAUCCUGACCAACGCUGAGGUCCAGCAGAGGCUUCUUCCCUUCCUCCCUAGUGGAGAAAGUUUACUGCAGAGCGCUGAUGAGAUCCAGAACACAAUUAACUCACCUCAGUUCCAACAGUCCAUGAGUAUGUUCAGCAGUGCCCUGGCCUCCGGGCAGCUCGGCCCUCUCAUGAGUCAGUUUGGACUGCCGACAGAAGCUGUGGACGCCGCCAACAUAGGAGAUGUGGAGGCGUUUGCCAAAGCCAUGCAAGACAGUAAAGGAGACGCCAAGAAGAAGAAAGAGGACGACGAGGACAUGAGUCUGGAUUAAACCUCACUCUGCCGCAGUAGAAUCUGUGAUUUAAUUUACCGUGACAACCUUUUCUUAACCUAUCUCCCAUUUCAUGUUGUCUUCCACCUUACUAUACCAAAGACAACACUCUGCUCCUCACUCAGUGGGAACGGCAACAUUUAGCAGAGCUGUUUGACACUGCUACCUUUCUUUAUCAACAGCUCCGUUUUGUUCUAUUGACAAUUACUUUUACUCUGAAAGGUCAGUUUAUAAAAUUCAGGGAGGGUUGAGCCCAGGGUUUGAUUUUGUUUUCCUUCUUUGCACAUUUCAAAGCCUGGCUAAGUGCUGAUGCUCUCAUGCUUUCUUUUGUGAUUCACUCUUAAUAAUAAAAAAUCAUAUUUGCACCCAAAA